AUGGCUCUCCCGCCGUCUGCUGCUGCUGCUGCUGCUGCUGCUGCCUCCGAAACGCCAGCCACGGGGGCUGCACAAAAGGCUGCAGUACUGCCUGCUGCUGCUGCAAUAAAUGCUGCUGCUGCUGCACCAGCUGCUGCAGGGGGCGUUGCUGAAGACACAGCAAAUGAAGCAGCAGCAGCAGCAACAGCAGCAGCAGCAGCAGCAGCAGCAGACUCAUCGCAGCGACAACGAGAAGCAGCUGCUGCUGCUGCCAGUCCAACAGCUCCUCGGCACACAGCGGAGCCCGCAGGGGCAGAGGGGGCAGCGGCUCUGGAGUCCCUUCGACUGCAGCAGCAGCAGCAGCAGCAGCAGCAACAGCAGCAACAGCAGCAGCAAGCGCUGAUGCAGAGCCAAGAGCAGCAAGUAGCUGCUGCUGCUGCAGCAUGGGGGUCUGUGGGGGCGGCAGUGAAUGCCCAGCAGCCAGAAGCAGAGGCUGCAGCAGAAGGCGUCACAGCAGCAGCAGCAACACCAGCGACAGCGACAGCAGCAGCAGCAGCUGCAGCUCAGGAGCAGCAGCUAGCCAGUGCGGAGCCAGCAGCAGCAGCCGCAGCUGCUGCUGCUGCUGCUGCUGCCUGCAAUGAAGCUGUGUCUCCUGAUGGGGCUCAGAAGCCGUAG